AUGAAAGCUGCGCUCAUAGCUCGCGGCAGUACUUGUCAAUGGACAGACGAACUACCGACAGUACUGCUGGGUUUACGCACAGCUAUAAGAGAAGAUAACAACUUGAGUCCAGCUAUGAUGACCUACGGCACUACACUGCGCAUGCCCUCCGAUUUCUUCGUGCCUACACGGACGGGUAUUGAAGACGCUGACUACGUGAAACGCCUGACAGAAACUAUGGCUAUACUCACACCGACUAAACGAUCCCCCGCAAAUCGAGCAACAUUUAUUUACAAGGAUUUGUCUACGUGUACUCAUGUAUUCAUACGGAACGAUACAGUUCGAGCACCACUCACUCCGCCGUAUGAAGGCGGCCCUUAUGAAGUACUGAAGCGCUACGACAAGUACUACCAAAUACAGUUACCACUUCGGACUACAGUAGUAUCAAUUGACAGACUCAAGCCUGCAUACAUAUUAAACGAAGAGGUUGAAGGUAUGGCAAGCACAGCAGUAGCAUCUACACCUACACCUACGAGUGAUACGUCGUCAGUUCCUGCUACAGACUACAACACGGACAAGGCACGUCCCUACACUACAAGAAGUGGACGCGUCGUCAAGAAAAAUGUUCGCUUCGCUUGA